AGUGCAUCAGGACCUGUCAUCUUCUGGAAAGUAGUGGAACUCAUUCUCACACUGAACGGGGGCCGAGGCAAAGAAGAGACGCGCGGAGAGCGAUGCUUCAGAGCCUGGGGUCCCUUAAGCCAAGCCGACGUGAAGAUGAGUAGCUCUGAGGAGGUGUCCUGGAUUUCCUGGUUCUGUGGGCUCCGUGGCAAUGAAUUCUUCUGUGAGGUGGAUGAAGACUACAUCCAGGACAAGUUUAAUCUCACUGGGCUCAAUGAGCAGGUGCCUCACUAUCGACAAGCUCUAGACAUGAUCCUGGACCUGGAGCCUGAUGAAGAACUGGAGGACAACCCCAACCAGAGUGACCUGAUUGAACAGGCAGCGGAGAUGCUUUAUGGGUUGAUCCACGCCCGCUACAUCCUCACCAACCGAGGCAUCGCCCAAAUGUUGGAAAAGUACCAGCAGGGAGACUUUGGCUACUGUCCUCGUGUGUACUGUGAGAACCAGCCGAUGCUUCCUAUUGGCCUUUCGGACAUCCCAGGCGAGGCCAUGGUGAAGCUCUACUGCCCCAAGUGCAUGGACGUGUACACCCCCAAAUCGUCACGGCACCAUCACACCGACGGCGCCUACUUCGGCACUGGCUUCCCCCACAUGCUCUUCAUGGUGCACCCAGAGUACCGGCCCAAACGACCCGCCAACCAGUUUGUACCCAGGCUCUAUGGUUUCAAGAUUCAUCCAAUGGCUUACCAGCUGCAGCUCCAAGCCGCCAGCAACUUCAAGAGCCCAGUCAAGACUAUUCGCUGAUGCCCCGUGCACCUUUCCUCUGUCUUUGGCACCACCGUUCCUUCGCUGCUCCCUUUCAGGAAUUCUAUGGUUUUUAGUUUAAAUUAAAGGGAUUGCUAUCGUGGUGGGAACAUGAAAUAAACUGGAAGAAAAGGCCA